AUGCUCCUUUUCUCUUCGAAAGGCAUGCCUAGUGCCCCUUCACCUGGCCUCAAUUUAACUUUUGGAAUGGCCGGCCCCGGGACUAAUCUUCUUGGAUCGGCGCCUCAUCAGAACCGCUUGCCUGCUGGUCAUCCAGCAGCGGCUGCUGCUGCCGCUGUGGCUGCUGCUGCUGCUGCGGCUGCCUCGGGUUCACCAUCGCUACUGGCCACUUCUUCGACAUGUGGCAACCCUUCCGUGCACACCACUAUUAGUGCCUGCAAUGGAGGCAGUUUGCAUAAUAAUCCUGGCAACUGCAAUGGAGGAAACGGUGGUCACAACGCUGUUUCCACAGCUAGUCUUGGAGCCCGUGCGUUUAGCUUGAGCAUUCCAGGUCCGAAUUCCUGUGGAGGUGCCGAUUGGUGGGCCCAGGUCUCCGGCAACCAUGCGGCAGUAUCCGGCGCCCCUCCCCUUGGACAGAUAUCGGCUGGACAUACCUGA